AUCAAUAAAAAGUUUCGAACAUUUUGUUUAGUAGUCUAUAAUACAUAUAUUCUACAUAAUUCGCAAUGGAUUAUACAGAGAUACUUUCUAGCGAAAUCACUAUGAUUGUUAAGAAACGGAUAAGAUUUGCUGAAAUGUUUAGCUUUCUCAAACGCGAAAAUAAGAACCAGGAGGUUGUGGAAAAUGUAAUUGGCGAAUUGAAAAAAAUUUACCGAAGCAAGCUUUUACCAUUGGAGGAACAUUAUCACUUCCAUGAAUUUCAUUCGCCAAAACUUGAGGAUCCUGAUUUCGAUGCGAAACCAAUGAUUUUAUUGGUUGGUCAAUAUUCAACGGGUAAAACCACUUUCAUACGUUAUUUGUUAGAAAGAGAUUUUCCUGGAAUACGUAUUGGUCCCGAACCAACAACUGACCGUUUUAUAGCGGUUAUGUAUGAUGAGAAAGAAGGUGUAAUACCCGGUAAUGCAUUGGUAGUUGAUCCUAAGAAACAAUUCCGGCCACUCAGCAAGUACGGAAAUGCUUUUCUCAACAGGUUUCAAUGUUCCUCAGUAAACUCACCAGUGCUACAUGCUAUUUCAAUUGUAGAUACCCCUGGUAUAUUGUCUGGUGAAAAACAACGCAUCGAUCGUGGUUAUGAUUUUACGGGUGUACUUGAAUGGUUUGCUGAACGUGUCGAUCGUAUUAUAUUACUUUUUGAUGCACAUAAAUUAGAUAUAUCAGAUGAGUUUCGAAGGUCUAUUGAAGCCUUGAAGGGUCACGAUGAUAAAAUAAGAAUCAUAUUAAACAAAGCAGAUAUGAUUGAUCACCAGCAACUGAUGCGAGUUUAUGGUGCACUUAUGUGGUCACUUGGUAAAGUAUUACAAACGCCAGAAGUAGCGCGAGUUUAUAUUGGUUCUUUCUGGGAUCAACCAUUGCGUUAUGAUGCUAAUAGGCGACUUUUCGAGGAUGAAGAACAAGAUCUUUUCCGCGAUUUGCAAUCACUGCCACGUAAUGCAGCUUUACGCAAAUUGAACGAUUUAAUAAAACGGGCGCGAUUAGCUAAAGUACAUGCAUUUAUCAUAUCCGAAUUACGAAAAGAAAUGCCUAGCGUGUUUGGUAAAGAUAGCAAAAAGAAAGAUUUAAUUAAGAACUUAGGACAAAUUUAUGAUCGCAUACAACGUGAACAGUCAAUAUCUCCUGGUGAUUUUCCUGACAUUAAAAAAAUGCAAGAUGUCUUACAACAUCAAGAUUUCACAAAGUUCCAUUCUUUGAAACCACACUUUUUGGAUGUUGUCGAGAAAAUGCUUGCAAAUGAUAUAGCCAGAUUAAUGGAAAUGAUACCGCAAGAAGAGAUGACGCAUAUCAUUGAACCAAUGGUUAAAGUUUGUCCUAUCGUCAAGCAAGUAGACGAACUGAUUGAUUUUGGUUUACUAAUUUCUAUAUCUGAAUGUGGUCAUCAAUUUACUGUAUAG